AUGACUGAAGCUGGGUUGGAGAGUCUUCUUGAACCAAACGUGGUUGUCGCAAAAGCCAAGUAUAAUUUUGAAGGGAAGAACAAUGAUGAGCUAACAUUCUUCAAAAAUGACAUGAUCACAAUUACACAGCAACUUGAAGGAGGAUGGUGGGAAGGCACUAUCAACGGAAAAACCGGAUGGUUUCCUUCCAAUUAUGCAAAUAUUAUUACUGAGAAAGAUAAAUUAAUGAGGUCAAAAUCUGUUCCUAAUGCUGCAGUACUUGUCAACGGCGUGAACGCUGCGAACGGAAUAGCAGUUAGUGGAGAUGUGGUAAGCUCUAACGCUGCUCGAUCGCAGUUCCGAGCUGAAAUAAUGCGAGACUUCAUCCGCGCUGAAGAGUCUUAUGUGGCAAGUGUGCAGAGAACUCAUGAAGAUCUUCUUUUACCAAUCCGAGCUGCGGCAAUCUUGACCCCAGAAGACUAUGCUGUGCUUUCAUGCUACAUUGAAGAUAUCGCAGCCCUGCAAAAGUCUACACUUUACCGCUUAAAGGAGGCAUUGAGUCUAGAAGUUUCACAACAGCGAAUCGGAGGAAUUCUUAUUUCUUGCGCUGCUGAGUUGAAGCGACUACUCGUUGCUUAUUGUGAAAAUCAUCCAAAAGCUGUAGAAGUACUCAACGAAAAAAUGGAUGCCGUUCGGAAUGUUCUCCUGUUGCGAGGCAAGGACGUCCCCACUUUGAUUGCUGGGCUUAGUGAGCCUUUUCGACAUUUAGACAAGUAUCCAGCUGUGUUGCAAGAACUGGAGAGGAAUAUGCCCGAAGGUCAUGUCGACCGCGGUGAUGUUCAGCGAUCAUGUGCUGUUUUCAAGGAAAUGAAGGCACUGUGUGAAGCCGUUCGAAAGCAAAAAGAACUGCAGCUUGAGCUCUUAUAUACAGGUCAAGUCGAAGGGUGGGCCUCGUUUGAGCAACGAGGUCGCAUUCUUUAUGUCAGCGUGGCACCUGUAAUUCUCGAUGGUGUUUGUGAUGACAGGUGUCUUGCACUGUUUUCGAAGAUGCUCAUUGUUCUGGAGAUCACACUGGAUGUGAAUUCAUACAGACUGCUUAGAAAAAUCCCUACGAAUGGGUUGCGGGUGCGGUGUAUGGAGAACAGGGGUGGACUCGUAGUAGGAGACAUGGAAAUACAAAUCUCUACUUGGUUUGAUAUCGAACGCUGGCUGGAUGCGUUUGCGAGAUGUGAGAAUAUUUUGAUUGAAGAAACUUCGAUUAUGACUCCACCUCCCAUACCACAGUCUUAUGCAGUUAGUAAUAUGCAUGUGCUAUCCCCAUCUCGGAAAGCGGAUAUUUCCGAAAUGCCUCUAGCUGAGCGAGCCGUCAUUGGGAGAAAACCGUCAAUUGGACAUAAUGAUUUGCGACUAAAUCAUGAAUUAGAGAUGAUCCUACCGGAUGAUGCCGACGAACCCGAUCUAAACACUUCAAAUCGCCGCUCCUUAAACGAUGGCAGCAAGAAGUUGUGUUUCCGAGUUGUUCCUCCACACCGUAAUGUACUAGCGACUUCCACUUCGAAAAAGAACGUGAAAAUGAGAAAAGAAGUGAGUGUUGGAGAGCAACAUGAUGCUCAAUUACUUCGUAUUAUUGAAGCAUACUGUAGUGGAGCUGUUCGUGCUGUUCCCACUGCGGCGGAUUGCCGACCACCUCAACUUAUUGUUGCUGAAGAUGAAAAAAUCUUGGUGGAAGAAGUGAUUGGAGAUGAGGUUGUGAUCCAAGAGAAAAGUCUGGUGGAUACAGUAUAUGCUCUAAAGGACCAAGUCAUGGGUCUGCGCCAAGAACUUGCUUCCGUGAGUCGAGCUCUAGAUAGGGAACAGAGAGCUAGAAGACGUUUAGAAGAGAUUGUCCGUCGAGAUAAUUCCCACCGGUUUCUUCUUCGUAAACGACUAGAACAACGCGUGAAUGCGUCAACUGAACUAGCAGGUCGUUCUGUUUGCUGUAACUGA